ACUACCCCCAUUCCCAAACGGACCAUUCACUCUACUCAGACGCACCCAUUUAUUCCUCUCACCACCAAACCGUGACACUCUCUUUGCUUUCUUACCUUCCAUUCUUUUAUUCUCCCCCACGCUCUCUACUCUCUUCCAAACAAUUAACACUCAAUGGACCUCAGUAAACUCACCCUACAGAUCUUCUCCAACCUCGAGCACAAAUGGCUCUCACAUUGUAAAGCCCCCAACAAAACCCGCAUUCUCAGCAUUGACGGCGGAGGAACCACCGCCAUUGUCGCCGGACAAGCUCUCCUCCGCCUCCAGGAUCAGAUCCGUCUCCACACCUCCGAUCCCCACGCUCAGGUCGCCCAUUUCUUCGACAUCGUCGCCGGCACCGGCAUUGGCGCCAUCCUCGCCGCCAUGAUCACCGCCGCCGACGCCUUCGGCAGGCCGCUCUACACCGCCACCGAAGCCGUCCGUCUCGUCUCCGAGAGGAACUCCGAACUCUACAAGCUCAAAUCCGGCGGCGUCUUCCGCCGCCGCCGGAGAUUCUCUUCCCGGAGCAUGGACAAUGUGCUGAAGCAAGUGUUCCAGAGGAAGGAGGACGGACGGUUGUUGACCUUGAAGGACACGUGUAAACCGCUGCUUAUUCCUUGCUUCGACCUCAAGAGUUCCGCGCCGUUCGUGUUUUCACGAGCCGACGCGUCGGAAUCUCCGAGCUUCGACUUCGAGCUCUGGAAGGUGUGCCGCGCCACGUCGGCAACGCCGAGCCAUUUCAAGCCGUUCGACUUCGCCUCCGUGGACGGCAAGACGUCGUGCUCCGCCGUGGACGGCGGUCUCGUGAUGAACAACCCUACGGCGGCGGCCGUGACGCACGUUCUCCACAACAAGCGCGAUUUCCCGGCGGUGAACGGCGUGGAGGAUCUCCUGGUGCUUUCCUUGGGGAACGGUUCCUCGGGCGCGAAAGCGUGCGAGAGUGGCACGUGCUCGACGCCGUCGGUGGUUGACAUUGUGCUGGACGGUGUUUCCGAGACCAUUGACCAGAUGCUAGGGAACGCCUUCUGCUGGAACCGUACCGAUUACGUCAGAAUCCAGGCGUUCGGUUUGGCAAUGAGGCAGGAGGAGGUGCUGAAAGAGAGGGGAUUGGAGUCGUUACCGUUUGGCGGGAAGCGGUUACUGACGGAGACUAACGGAAACAGAAUAGAUAGCUUCGCGCAACGUCUUGUUGCUACCGGAAAACCAAGCCCGCCGUCUAGUCCCUGCAAGGAUUCCGCCGUCAACCCACUCGCUAACGGCCGCUAGUUUUUUUCUUUUUAACUCGUGUUUCUUUUUUUUUGAUUUUAACGCUGUAAACUGUAACUAGUGUUUUUAACUAGUUAUGCCAGCUGUCCUAGUUAAUAGCAUUUAAUUUACUACCACUGCCUCCUCUAUUUACUUGUCCUGGUAGCUUCUUCUCCAAUUUUCCUCGCAUGAUUUUGAUUAUGACUAUGAUUUCUUUGAGUGUAGAGAGGCCUAGUGGAGUAAUCAUGGGCUUAAGUUUUACCCAACACAGACACAACCAUUGGAUUUCCUGUUUA